AACUGCCGCACUUCACACGCGGGCGCUGCUGUGCCGUCGGUUGUGUCACCAUCAUAUCGCGCAUAUCGUCAAGUGGAAAGCGGACGUCGCGUUCCAGCACGCUUACCUCGUCGACGCGGGCGGGUGUCUCGUUCGGUGUCCGCGGUGUAACGUGCAGAAACUGUAUAUCUUAUACAGUGUCGGCGGCUCGAUCAUUUCGACCUGUACCGACGACGGAACGAAGACGCGAUGCCCGGCUCCAUCGUUACCGGCGGAGAUGCCUCCGCGGCGCCAUUCGGAGAGCACGUCGAGGUCGCGCAGGGCGACCGCAUCAGGCCUCGCGCCACGUACCGCGGCCGAAGGUUCCGGCUCAUGAGCGUCGACGCCAGCCGCUAUCGCUGGCGCUGCUCCGUGUCCACCUGCCCGUCAAAACUCAUGACCGACAAGUUCGGCGAGAGACACGUGCUGUACAGCUUCAAGGAUCACGACGAGAAGGAGCACCGCGCUGUCGAAGAGAGGAGGCGCUCAAAUAAGGCAUUCAGAAGCGAGGCAGUGGAGAAGAUCGGCGAAUUCAUGUACGUGUUGGAGAGAACUAUGAUAGACCUCAAGUGCUGGCGCUGUCAGUACGUGAGCUGCUCCGGACGGUGCCGCACAAGCCUAGACGGCAAGACGCUUCUACACGGGCCAACACCACACACGUGCCAGGCUCUUACUCCACAGAAAGAGCAGCAUGCCAGGCCGCUGCACGACGAACCUGUUUUGACUGAACACACACCUGCAGGUCCAAGCCAAAGUGUGACAAGUACUAGCACCGAUGCCAGCGUGCAACAAAGGCAACAGCCGCAGCAUAUGGAUGUGGCGGAUAACAAGGAAGAAAGCCGUGGCAGCCAAGGACGGAGCAGCGUACCAGCACAAUCUCCUCGAGAGACAGCAUUGAAGAUUGACUCAUCUGAGAGCGAUGCCGACGAUGACGAUAUGAACGAUGAAGAAAGCUCGAAAAUAGGUGGCGAUGAACACGAAGGGCAGGAGGAACGUUCGCGCUCCAUGGGCGGUGGUCGGAGCAACGCAGCUGGCAUUGGAAGCAUCGCGAGCGCCGCGGAAGUGCUGAGAAUGAUGUCCGGCUCGUGCGAGUGCGCCCAGGACAAGCUCCGAGCAGCGAUAUAUGCGCGGGCUCUCGACCUUCAAGUGAAGGAAGAAAAGUUGCUGGAGGUACAGAUGCGCAACGAAGUCGCGAGAGGCAGGUUGCUCGAUAGUCUGAUGAAGAAUGGACCCUCCGCGCCAGUGUGAUCAUAGCGCAGGCCUGUGGGGAGCGCGCAUUCCGUCGAAUGACGCGAAGCUGCAUCUUCAUUCCGAGCAAUGGAAUACAUAUUUCGCCAACUCUGAUUUCAUUGUACAUUGCUGCACUACAUAAAAGGACGCUAAAGUGAAAGAAUAAAGCUGCUUAGACUGAAAAAAUAUUCGUUGAGAACUCACUUGGUUAAUUUCUACGUGAUAUGUCCAAUAUUAAGGAUGAGAGCAAAGGCCAACGUUUAGUUUUUAACUUUCCCGCUGGAAUGCCACGUACGCCUGUGUCUUUAGAAAAAAACACACCAAGGAGGUGGGGGUCCCCACUUUUUUGUUUUGUUUUGGGCGACAUUUUCAUAUAUAUCAGCUGGCAAAAUGUCUCUAUAGAAAGGAAUCGACCUUCGUUUCGCAAAAAAAUAUCAUUGAAAGAAUAUCUCGUACUUCUGAAUGAAUCUCUAGUGAGAGCAUAGGCUUUUUGCUAGUGCUCACCUUAGCGUUAGCUAUAGGGAUUGUACGUUUUUAACGGCGGAGCAUUUUAACGGCGCCCUGUCGUCGUCUCAUGUCUCGCUUUGACGUCACGCAGGUCCCCCGUUUGAUACACAUAAGCCGAGAAGGCUGCGCGUUUGGAACGCCAGCGCUUGCUUGCCCGUUAACGCCAGCGUCGCUGAAGGGCUAAUUCUUCUGUCCGAGCCAGCGAAGCGACAGCGAAACACCAGCGUCGGGAGUCAGACACUGAUCUACGGAAAAGAGAAGCGGAGGCGUAACGGCAGCGCCGGUAGUUAGACGCACCGCGAUCGGAGCAGUGAACAAUAGAAAAACGAUAGAAAGGAGGCCAU